AUGUCUAACCCCCAAGAUAAUCCUGGCACUCCCCCACUAGCAUCCCCCUCUAAUACAUCCUCAUCUACUCCUCCAAGUGAAUUCCUAAAACCUAGGCUUCGUAGGCAGAAAAUGUUGGCUAGAAAAACUGUAGCAUCCGGAGCCCUAAGGAAAGUUCUAAAUGAGAAAUUGAAGGCUAGCCAGAUGAAGGAAAGCCCUGCUCACGAAUCUGACUCCAGCUCUAAGUCUGAAGCUUUUAUUUCUGCCAGUGAAGACAAUAGGUUUGUUCUAUUUGGUCCUAUUAAAGAUGUAAAGGUGGCUGAAUCAAGUAGGAGUGGAGAAAGUGGCAUCAAGUCAGGGGGAAGUGGUUCUGGGGAGGCGGCUGAAGGGCGUGUUCAUCUAAGCAAGCAACAAGAAGAACCUGUUUCAUCAGCUGAGGAAACCCUGGCUGACCUUCUGAAAAGGGCUAGCCAGAUGAAGGAAAGCCCUGCUCACGAAUCUGACUCCAGCUCUAAGUCUGAAGCUUUUAUUUCUGCCAGUGAAGACAAUAGGUUUGUUCUAGGUGGUCCUAUUAAAGAUGUAAAGGUGGCUGAAUCAAGUAGGAGUGGAGAAAGUGGCAUCAAGUCAGGGGGAAGUGGUUCUGGGGAGGCGGCUGAAGGGCUUGUUCAUCUAAGCAAGCAACAAGAAGAACCUGUUUCAUCAGCUGAGGAAACCCUGGCUGAUCUUCUGAAGAGGUCCCCAAGCUCCAACUCAUCCAAAAGUGGUGAAGAAAUGGCAGAAAUUCGCGAAGAUGGCCUUUUAUACUUUCUGCCCAGCGAUUUCCGCAUCUACUGUCCCUUACACGCGCUUGCGGGACCGCUUCUGCAGUGCACUCCUCCUCUCGCAUCUGCGGAUCCUGGCUUCCUUGGCCUUAACCGCAUCUGCGGUUGCUCUUGCGCUUCUGCGGACCUCGCACCUGCUGUCCCUAAGCCGCAGGUGCGGCGUGACAGUUUCAUCACACACAGAGCCUUUUGUGAUGCCUUGGCUCAAGAAACUGCAAGAAAUCCAGUACCAACCUUUAGCACAAUUGGCAGCCAUUUAUAUGGAAGUAAUAGCAACAUAAAUUUGGACAACUUCUCCAAAAUGCAGAAUUCCACAAAUUUAGAUCAAAAGUAUCCUUCUUCUGAUUCCACAGAUAUAUUGAGUUUGGGCAAUACUAAAACUACUCAUAAUCAGCAGUUCAAUCACAACUUCAUUGGUACAUCCAAUAUUGGCUCAACUACUAGUACUAAUUCCUUUUUCUUUCAAGAUUCCAAUCAAGAUUAUGCCAACAUUAAACCAAUCCAUGGCCUAAUUCAACUCCCAAAUUUUCACAACAACAAUAUGUUUAACCUCAACUUUUUCCAGAAUAAUGAUGGCAAUAGCAAUUUGUCUACUGGAAUUUUGGGUGAUCAAAAUAUUAGUUGUUCAAUCCAUUCUCUUUAUGGUUCACAAGUUCAAAACCAUAAUCUUAAUAGUACUACUACUACUUCAGUUGCACCAAUGUCAGCCACUGCACUUCUUCAAAAAGCAGCUCAAAUGGGAUCUACUACAAGUAAUAUUAGCACUACUGCCUCAUUGCUGAAAGCCUUUGGAAAUAGUACUAUUAGGGGCAAUUCAUCUUCUAGUGACACAAAAUCUGAUCAUCAAGCUGUCAACUUUGGCGACAUUUUCAGUGACCAUAGUGGGAACCACCAGCGUGACAUCAAUGGCGAAGCCGGAAAUUUUGGUCCGCCUGGUGACAUUAUGAAUGGUGUCAAUGCUUAUGGACAUGACCAAAAUGACUAUGGAGGAGGAUACAACACAGCAACCAAGUUGAACUUUGAGCAGCAGCACCACCACCAAUUACCACCACAGAAGAAACAGUUAACUAGAGAUUUCCUUGGAGUUGGGGAAAUAGUAAGAAGUAUGAGUGGGGGAUUUAGUAGCCAAAGAGAGCAACAGCAACAACAACAAAGCAAGCAGGGUUUUAUAAGUCCUGAAAAUUUUCAGUGACGUUCAAGAAAAGGUGAAAAAAGUUCAGGGUAUUUAUGUCUGAAAGGAGAAAUUCUUUUACUGAUGAAGCAGAUAGCUGUAGUUUGAAGUCUUCUUCAAGAUUUUAGCAGACAAUUAGAAAAACUUGUUUCUGGAGAUGGACUUUGAAAACAGUAAAACUCUGUUGUUUUUUCUUCCUUUUUGUCCUUUAUUUGCUAAGAUUUUGUUUUCCAUUUUGUUGACAUAUGUAGUCCAACUCUAUUUUAUUUAGUCCUUACAUUUUAGUUUUUCAACUA